ACGAUGUACAAACAACUGGAAUUUAUGUUUGUUUUCUCAUAUAGGUCUUUAAACUCAGACUUGUCGAGCUCUGCUAACCCAACCUAGGUUCUGGGCUCGAUUGAGCUCGUCUGCUCUGUGUUGCACGCUGUCGCAGAAAUUCUGACGUGUUCCCACGCAGACUCAGCUUCGAGGAGCUACUAGUCGAGAACGAGCGCAAGACGAUAGUGAACACUACGACAUCAGCGGGGGCAGAAUGUCAGAAGGUGACAGUGCAGGAGAGUCAAUCCAUGGGAAACCAUCAGUGAUCAGCAGCUUCUUCAUACGGCUUGGGCAGAUUUAUCAGUCCUGGCUGGACAAGUCAACACCCUUCUCAGCUGUGCGAUGGGGAGUUACUCUUCUUUUAACUGUCAUCUACAUGAUUAGAGUGUAUUUCCUACAGGGAUGGUAUAUAGUCACCUACGCUCUUGGGAUCUACCAUCUCAACCUGUUCAUUGCAUUUCUAUCACCAAAAGUGGAUCCAUCACUACUGGAAGAUUCAGACGAAGGACCUGAAUUACCUACAAAGCAGAAUGAGGAAUUCCGCCCUUUCAUCAGGAGACUGCCAGAAUUUAAAUUUUGGCAUUCUGCAACAAAGGGCAUUGUCAUUGCCAUGAUGAUGACAUUCUUUGAAGCCUUCAAUGUGCCAGUUUUCUGGCCGAUACUUGUUAUGUACUUCAUCAUGUUGUUCUGCAUUACCAUGAAGAGGCAGAUAAAGCAUAUGAUCAAGUACAGAUAUAUACCCUUCACCCAUGGGAAGAGGACCUACAGAGGCAAAGAAGACACAGGAAAAACAUUUGCUAGUUAAAACAGUUUCCGUUUGAAACAAUCUAAUCAUUUAAAAUGUGUUAUACUGUAGGUAUGAUAGGGAAUGGGGCUGGGGGGCUGUUUAUGGUAUUAGAUGGCAAGAAGAAAUAUGUAAGCAAAGUGUCUUUGCUACAGGGUGUUUACUUCCUAUGAAGCUAAGUGGACACAUUUGGAAUGUGUGUGGGGGGGUUUCUUUUUUUUUUCCUUCUUUAGGGAAAUGCAGUGUGCUUUGUGUACUGCAGGUUAAAAGUAAACUGAAAAAAGCUGAGGUCCAGCAGCACACACAAGUGUAUGAGCUCUGGAUAUGGAUUAAUUAAGAAUCCCCACUUCAGAUCUCAGUAUUGUUUCAUUGGUGGUAGUUCUCAUCCUGAGGCCCUCAGGAGUUAUAACCACAAUGUAGCAUUCUUUCUGGACAGUUAGUGAUCCACUUAAGGGUUUUGUGAAUCCACUGGAAAAGUACACAUAAAAACCAUCCUUUUUUAACUUAUGGGUGUUUAUUGUGAUGUCUUUUUGUAGUAAUUUUGAUUCACUAAAUACUUGCUUAGCCUUUUAUAGUGUAGGAUUAUUAAAUCUCAUUUCCAUCACCAGGCAUAUGAAUGCAAGACAAAUGGCUGUAUGAAAACCAUUAUAGAAAGAGUGAUAACUAAGUCAUCGUUGAAAGCAGCUCCACUGAAGGGAAGUCCUUGUGGUACCACUUGUUCUGAUGAACCGGCACAAAGUUGCAGCUAUUGGCCUGUCAUCCCAGGUCUGAAGGAUGCUGGGCUUUGCAUUUUUAUCAUUAGACUGAAGUUUUACUGUAGUUUUCAAAAUUGGGCUGUCAGGGUUUAUUCUACUCUGGAUAAAGUUUUUGCUUUAAAGUGAAAGCAUCUAAAAAGGAAAAUGUUGCCUUGCGAGCAGAAUAUUUUUACCUUUAUUAAAUAAAAGUAUUGUCCCUACUACAUGUAUGUGCACAUGCGUUUGCAGUGUUGUACGUUGCCUUGUAAAAUUGUCAUAAGGUUAGAGACAUACAGAGGCUUUAAAUUUAUCUGAGGUUUCCUAAUGUCAGUUUAAUUCAUUUACAGUGUGCACACAUUUUUCGUUGAUCAUCAUAGUUUCAAAAAGUGCUAGCAUUCCAUACAAUUUUUCUCUCUCUCUUUGCAGAAGUAACAUAAGGAAAAUUAGGAAGUUAUAACCUUUAGUCUUGCAGAUUUGCAGAAAAAUUAAUUUCAAAUUUAUUUUUUUUUUGUUGUUAUACCAGAAGGGUUUUGUGAUAAAAUGGCUAAAAAUCUGAAAAGCCUGAAAUGCCCCUUGAGAAAAGGAUGUCAUUCAUCCUGCUUCGGUUCAUCGUGUUUAUUGUAUUGAAAAUUAAUGCAUUUUACGAUUUAGUGUUUCAACACAUUACUAUUCUAAAUAUACAGUGUCAAAUCUGUCCAGUCAUGAGAAAUUGGGUUGUAGUCCUGCUGCAAGACACGUAACAAGUUUGCAUGUUGUCAGGUUGAUAUGCAGAGAAAAAAAAAAAACGUGGGUAAUUUUUCAUUCCAAAUUCUUGAACUGUUUCUUUAUGCUUUUAAAAAUCUUAUGUAUGUGUAGUUUUGAUCUUAAGUCUGAAACAUCAGUGAUAAUUUAAUUACGCAAAGUGAAAGUUUAAUUAAACCUGAUCAAUAUCUGCCUGCAUAACUUUGUCUGUAUUUGUGCUGUCAGGAAAAAAAUGUGCAAAUAGUUAAUUUGCAAGAUGAAUGAGCAUUACAUGCAACACUUAAAACACCUGCAGAUUGAGCCCAGUAUCCUAAUAGAGUGGUUUGCCUACUCCACAAACAAAAUGAGUGACGUGAGUGAAGUCAAAGAAAAACAUCUUCUUAAAUGUAGUCUACCUUAAUUACAUGUAAGGCUGGAAUGUAUUCAGAAUUUUUUUUCCACAUGUAAAAAUGUAUAAAGUUUUUUUUUUUUUUUUUUAAAAAGAAGCUUGCUGUGUCAUGGUAUUACAAAGGUCCUACUCUUAACUGAAAAUUAGACUAAGUGUAAUAGCUGUGGACUUGUCACAUUUGUGUACCAGUGAGAAUUAGGGAUUCAAACUUGUGUCCUAUCA